CAGCCGCGCCGGCCAUGGAGCCGCCCGCGCCGCCUCAGGAGCAGCCGCCGCGGCCGCGCUCGCACACGGUCACCACCACCAGCAGCUCCUUCACCGCCAACCUGUCGGCCAGCUCCAGCACCCUCGCCUACGACAGGGAGUUCCUGCGCACCGUGCCCGGGCUCCUCAUGGUGACCGAGAUUGUAUUGGGGCUGCUGGUGUGGACCCUGAUCGCUGGAACAGAAUAUUUUCUAUAUCCAGCCUUCGGCUGGGUGAUGUUUGUAGCUGUGUUUUACUGGGUUCUCACCGUCUUCUUUCUGAUCAUCUACAUGACGAUGACCUACACCAGGAUCCCGCAGGUGCCAUGGACCAUGGUGGGUCUGUGUUUUAAUGGAAGUGCCUUUGUUUUGUAUCUCAUUGCUGCCAUUGUAGAUGCAUCCUCAGUUACCAAAGAUCUGGACAAUCACAAUUACAACAGCUGGGCAGCUUCUUCAUUCUUUGCCUUCGUGGUUACCUCCUGCUAUGCUGGAAAUACAUAUUUUAGCUUUAUAUCCUGGCGAUCACGAACUUUGCAGUAAAUUCUUCAUUAAAGUGAAUUCUGUAGUGUAAAGUACCUUGGGAAUUAUUCACUUUUGAUAAAAGCUUGGAAGAGGGGUGAGGUAUUUUUGAACAUUUCUCUUAGAAUUGAUACAAUGUAAACCAAGAUCAAAUGAUUAUUUAUGAUAAUUCCAUCUUUAGAGACAUUUUUAACCUGACUUUGUACUAUAUAAUAAAAUUUCAUACUGCUUCUUUUAAAAUUAACAUGGUAUUUUUCUAGAUAUUGUAUAGUUGUUACUACUGGACCUUUAAUAAAUCUUACUCAGUGUGCCAUGUUUGGAAAUGUAACUUUUUAAAUGUUACAGGUAUACUUUUGAUACUGAAUGCUACCAAAACUAAGAUUGAUAUUGUUUAAUUAUUAUGUAUGAAAAGUGACAUUGUGCAGAAAAAAACACCUGG